UUUUAGUUUAUCUUCAAUUUCAAGUCCUUUAGAAUUUAGAGUAAGGAGGCGUCAUAGAAAAUAUUCAGUAUAUCGUAACAGAUAAAGCAGAGAACGGAUAUCAAUAAACGAGCCCCUUUAUUCUGGUUAUUGAUUUCUAUUGGUCAUGCGCGUGCUUUAAACUACUUAUAAAAGAAUCGAAUUUAAAGGUCCGUAUAUAGGCAUUGAAGUGUGUAUUUGUACGUAUUUGUUGAUUGUUUAAAGUCCAAGAUACUUGGGUAUAGAGUUUGUGAUUGCGACAAAUCCAGUACAUUUUAGAUGGUAUAAAAUGAGAAUAAUAGCUACACGUUGAAACGAAGGGGGAGUUAAUUUUCAAAACAAGAUGGCCCAACGAGUGGUGGACAACCUACAGAAUGAUUAUCUGAUCUGCAGCAUUUGUUUGGGUCGUUACACCGACCCCCGACUUCUUCCCUGUGGACACACGUUUUGCAGACAGUGCCUUUCUGAUCACAUUCAGCAAACAGUCCUCAGUGCAAACGCCAAUCAAUUCAAAUGUCCCAACGACCGCGGGGAUGUCAGAAAACCCGGGCCAAACACGCCCGUACGCGAGUGGGCGAACGCCUUUCCUGUGGACACGUUUAUAUCGAGUCUUCUCCAGGCCGUUCAAAGUCACGAGCAUGGAGGGAAUGCGCCUCAGGAACCCGAGCCCGCGAGUUCUAGUGUUGGAACCAGUGCCAGAAGAGGACAAGCGCUUACAAGACCAAGACCGCUACGACCCCAAAGACAAAGCAGACGACAGCAACAAAGCACGGGUCCUCCUCCACCUCCUCCUCAGCACGAGAGCAAUGAACUGACUUGUUUAGAGCAUCCGAGGAGGCCACUCGAAUAUUUUUGUUUGGGGUGCAACAUUUUAAUUUGCUCUCACUGUGCAGUUCAAAAUCAUCGAAGUCCUCGAUGUGAGUGUGUAGCAAACGAGGAAGCUCUGGGAAGACUUUCGUCCAAAAUCGAUCGAUUGAAAACUAGAUUCGAGAACCAGAUGACGUACAUCCAAGAUCUGAAUAGAAACGGCAUGCCUUUUGAUAAUGAAUUAGAAAACAGUAAAUCGCAAGCCUUUAGUUAUUUAUCCGAAGUAGAAAACAAUGUCAGCGAAUUUACCCAACAGUGUCUGCAGGAAGUUGAAAAUUUAAAAAGAACGGUCCGAGAAACUGGACAGGACAUACCCAGAGAAAACCAAAAUAUGUCUUCCCUGUUAGGCAGACUACAGGAUUCGAGACAAGGGUAUGAAACCAUUUUCAACGCUCCUUCUGGUCCAAGUUUCUUAACCAACCUCAGUAGGUACGAAAAACAGGCAGACGAGUAUGAAUCCGAGAUUGAAAGAGCCGUCAGCGGUAAUGCUAUUCCCAAGAUUGAGUUUAUUACCAACACCGGAUUUCAAAACUUCCUGCGAAACCCUCCCCCUGUUGCAUGUAUGGAAGUCAAAGAAUCUUCUUCCAGAGCAAGAAGAGCUCCUGUGCAAAUUCGAAGAGAAGGCACUUUUAAUGUACGGAAUAAUCGUGGAAGUAGAACCACAAGAUAAACUUUUUUUUAACAAUAUAAUUAUGUAUCUUUUAGUUAUUUAUGAUUUAUGUAUCUUACAUUGUUUACUUUAAGGAAGAUACCAUUUUUGGAACAUUUAGAAAGACAUCGAAAAGGGUUUUAAAAUUGAGCACAGUAUAAAAGAAUGCAUUGAU